CCUACUUCUACAGCGCAAUGCAGGUGCCAUGAUGUACUGUUAAUGCUGCUGGACCAUUAUGCGUGGCGGUAAAAGGUGCUGGUAUCCUGACAACUUCGUCACUUCAGAGACAACAGAAGGUACUAGGAAUCUUCGGGUUUCUUAUUCCCGUACUGGAGUAUAUCUGACUGAAAAAUAAUAUAAACCUGAAAAGGGACACGGUCUGCAUAUUGGGCUGGGAAAUUAUGUAUCUUAACACAAAAAAAGACAUGCUGUUCUGAAUGUGUCGUCACUUCCUGGCGUAUAGGGUGGGAGACGGAGAAUUGCUUGCGUUUACAGAAAAGUACAGAACCUGUUGCGUAGGAUUCUGUUUCAAGUUAACUGGAUUUAGUGAAGUGGAGAGCUCUCUGGAUUUACAGAUCGGACUUUAAACAGACAACAGGUGAGCGUGGCGUUUAAGAAUGAUAAACAAGAGCCGUUCACGGAUUCUGACCAUCUGCGGAAUUGUAGGCCUGUGCCAGAUUUGUCUGUUUUUGCUGCUCUUGUUUUGGUUCCCCGGACUGACUCCAAAAAUGAAAGUAGCAAGUGCCACUAACUCGAAGAGCAUCAUCCAUGGGAAAGUCUCGCCAAGGGAAAGGGGGAAUGGGAUUCCUAUUCGCAAUGUCAAGUUACCAACUGGAAGUAAUUUUCCUACGUCCAACGAAGCCGGCAAUGACUCGGUCCCUGUGAAGUUGCCGACCUCGCACGACCAAAACACGAGAAUUGGUUCCAUGACCGACACCGAACUUAUCGCCUCGACGAAUAACUCAGACUUAACACGAGCUUCGACACUUAGAUCACAGGAUCGAAAUGGUUCCAGGCAGGUCAUUAAUCCCCAUGGAUACAGUCUUCUCAUAGAUCAGCCUCAAGCUUGUUUGGAUGCUGCAGGAGCCCCCAGGGAAGUGUUUUUGCUGGUGCUUGUAACCAGCUUUCAUACACACAUCGAGCAGCGACAGGCCAUUCGCCAAACAUGGGGAAGCCUUGGGGAGGUGAGGGGCAAGGACAUUGUCACGCUGUUUCUGUUUGGGUACAGUGGGAACGCGAGCCUUCAGCGACAACUGGAGAAGGAGUCCAGGAAGCACCACGAUGUACUCCAGGAGGAUUUCCAAGACGCCUACAGGAACCUGACGCUGAAGACCAUCAUGGGGAUGAAGUGGGCCACUACGCACUGUCCCCAGGCCUCUUACGUCAUGAAGACGGACGACGACAUGUACAUCAGUUAUAACAAUCUCAUCAAGCUCCUCACCAAUGCAGCAACCCCGUCUACAAACUACGCAGUUGGAUAUCGAUUUUCGAAGGGGAGGCCCUUUCGGGAUCCUGCCAGCAAGUGGUACAUGCCUAAGAAACUUUUCCCUCACCCUGUGUACCCACCGUACGUCGCGGGAGGGGGAUACGUGCUUUCGAACGACGUGGUCCGUAACGUUUUCGAGAAGUCGCUCGGCACCAGAUACCUUCCAAUUGAGGACGUCUUUGUCGGUGUGUGUUUGAAGCUAUUGAAUGUUCAACCCAUUGGAAACAAAGAUUUUUACCUUCGCCCUAUCAAGUACUCACGUAAACGCUAUAAAACUUUGAUUACUUCUCACGGGAUAUCUCCUGCCGAAAUGCACGGGAUAUGGAACGACCAGCAAGCUGCAUACAGUGUUAGUCUGAGUGAUUUAAUGGGCAGACGCAAUGACUUUUUGUUGGACACCAUUCUUCUGCAGCUCUGUACUCUUCUUCAAGGCACGAACACUCUUUUACACUCCCAUUUGGUAAAUGAACUGAAAGGUGCACUUUUAUGAAUACUUGACAUGAGCCACGCUUUCCUUGACAACUGGGGGCGCUGUUGCUGUGAUGUCAUCCAGGGAAGACCAAGGCUGCAUCCUAAUGUGUUGUCCAGGGUUGCAGGCCAGUAAUCACGUUUUGUCGGCUGUCAAAUUUUCUGCCAUUAGAGCAUUUCAUGGCACGUGGACUGGGUGGUUUGUUAAAAAGGUGGAUGAAAUCCACAGACAGAACUGCCAGCUUGUAGGCCUAUUUCUG